GGCAGGGCCGGGCCGCCCUGCGCUCCUCACACGCGGCAUGUUGCCGUGGACGUCUCCCCCGUGGGGCGCGAGCGAGGAGGCGUCGGAGGAGGAGCCAGGCCCCUCGGGGGGCAGUGACCAGAGCGAGGCCUGGAGUUCUGGAGAGGAGGCCCCAGGGGAGCUAGGAACACCCCCGCAGGACAGGGAGAGUUUUGGCGGCCUGGAGCAUCUCUGUCCCUGCCCGCAGCCUGCAGCCCCAGGCCUUCAGUCCUUCCUGGAUCCGGACGGAGCGACUGGUGCCCCGGCCAGGCCUGGCUCUCGAGCAGGCCCCAGGAGCCCCAGUUUCCCACCAGAUGACCUGGGACGUGGCCCCCUCAAGGAUGAGCCUGCUGGCACCCUGGGACCCCAACUACCAGGCCCGAGCAGGACCUGGGCUGCUGUGGGCACCUUCUCAGACCGGACCUUGUAUCAUCCGUCGCUCUGUCCGCUGUAUGAGGCCAGCUCCAGCAGGCGCCUCAGGCCCCUGGUCCCUGGCCUAGGGCAUUGGAGUGGCGAGCAGGUGCCCGGGGGUUCAGGGUUCCCAGUGAUGUGCAGGGAAGAUUUCUUUCUCUCAGACCCUCUGCUGCCCCCGGGGCGACGGGUUCCCCUGUACCUGUCGGAGGCCACCCAGCAGGUCAUGAGCUCCCAGAGGCUGCUGCUCCCGCCCCCGAUCAUGUCCUCCUGGGUCCUCCCCACCCAGUCCCAGGGCCGCUCCACCACCUGGCUCAGCGGGCCCGAGCUGAUAGCCCUCACUGGUCUGCUGCAGAUGAGCCAGGAGGGGGCACGACCCAGCUCCUCGCAGGCUCCCCUUCUUCCUGUGGGCCCCCUGAACCCUGCCGCUCACCACGCAGGCCCCUGUGGUAGCCAGGGCUGUUCUCGAUGCACAGCCCCAUCUCAUUCACAGCCCCCAGGCCCCCAUUUUCCAUAGCCCCUCUGGGGGCACAGCCAGCCCCCCACUCCCCCACACAGGUUCUGUUGACAAUAAAAG